ACUUCUGCGUUGCGUGAAAAUCGCAGCAUGUUCUAUAUUCUGUGUUUUUCACACAAUGCAGGCCCCAUAGAAGUGAAUGGGGCUGCGUGAAACACGCAGUGCAUGCGGAUGUAUUGCGUUGCGUUGCGUUUCAAUUUAAAAGGAUGUAACUUAGCAACUGGGCUGUCACAUGACCCAGGAAGUUGGCUUUUUCAAGGAUCUGCUGAGCGUUUUUCAAGUCUGGAGCAGAUCCAAACAUUUAUCCCAGCCCCUGCAGUUCUAUUUUGUCUACCAUGCCGAAAAUCCCCAGACCACUUGAUGUGGAGCGAAUGAUUAUCCUGGUGCAGGAGAGGCCCUGCAUUUGGGACACACGCUCCGUGGAGUACCACGACCGCUACAAAAAGGAAGCUGCCUGGCAGGAGGUUACGCAGGAGCUUUUUUCAAAUGUGUGGGGCAAGACGUCCGAAAAGAAUCGUCAUGCUUUAUUUGAAGAGUUGAAAAACCGAUGGCGGAGCUGCAGAGACCAGUGCCGCAAGGAAAUGGUACAUAGCCGCAGUGGGUCUGGCCUCUCAAAGAAGCGGCCAUGUAUGUAUAAGGAGCAGCUUAUGUUCCUGCGUGCCAUAAUGGAUUUGCGUCCAACGGAGGACAACCUUGAGGAGGACGUGGAGGAGCCUUUGGAGCAGCACUCCAGUGCCUGUGAGGCAGAAGGGCCAUCCUCGACACCUCCUACUGAUGUUGAAGAAGGGAGAGCAUCCAGUGCGUCCCAAGCGACUGCUCCCCCUCCUGUGGAAGUUGAAGCAGCAUUGGCAGGCCACACACGCCGAAAGAGACCAGCCCAGCCUGUGGACACCUCAGUAAACCUGCAGGUGCUUGAGUACCUCAAUCGUGCUCGCCAUGAGGACACUUUUGACCUCUACGCAAGGAGUCUGGCCAUCCACUUUCGGAAUCUGCCUCCAGAACGAUACUUUCGUAUCCAAUCGGUAAUCAGUAUUGCUCUGGAGGCAGCCACUCCUCCUAAUGAUCCUUCGGAUCUUUUUAGGGCCUGUGAGUACUGGCGGAUAUAUGGCAACACCAGUGGGCCUGUGCCAAGGUCACCUCCGCAAAUGUACCCACAGCCAUCCCAAUACCCUCCUCAAGGGCAACACUAUGGCCCCCCACCUCAGCAUUAUGGGCCUACAUACAGUGGAGAGGCCGCUAACCAGCAACCGGGCCCCUCAUCUUCACAGAAAACACAACGCUGCAUGUUGGUGUCCAUGAAGGUCAACCCAGGCCUCAACUCCGCCAAAAGCCGAUCAAAGGUUGAAAUGGACAUUCGGCAGUACAAGAACGUCCAUGUUGUGUCUGUAUGGUUGACAAGUUUGAUCCAUGAUGUCAUCGUCACCAUCCCUGCAGAUUCAUAA